AUGGCUGAGAGAAGGGUUCUCAGGAAGAUAUAUGGACAAAGAGAGAAUGGCUGCAAUAUAAGAGUUCGUCGAGCUCGACGGCCUCGCGUAGUGACUUUGUGGCGAGGUGCUCGCGGGCUGGGACUCGGCAUCGCGGGCGGAGCGGACGACGCAGCGGGAGGCGGAGGCGUUUUUGUAUCACACAUUGCACCUGGCGGAGCGGCUCAUCACGACGGCAGACUGAGAAUAGGAGAUAAGAUACUGGCCGUAAGAGACGAAGAUGGCAUAGAAACAUCAUUAAUUGGAGCAACACAUGCACAGGCUGUGUCAGCGUUAAGAAAAACUGGUGAACAUGUAACACUAGUAGUUUUGCCCGCUGGUUCAUUCCCGCCAGUGGCAAGAUCCGCUCCGCUCUACGCUACGCGGACUCAAGCCACAUCUUGUUCUACAUUACACGAAUUAUUAGAAGAGGAGCCAAGUGAAAUACCAAGUUGUGUUCGCAUGGUUCGCCUCGUGCGUACAGGUUCUCGGCUAGGCAUGGACAUUGUCGGUGGUCUUGGUGGCGAAACGGAAGGCGACACAGGAGAGGAGGAUGCGUGUGGGGUGUUCGUAUCAGGGGUAUCGGAGGGAGGAGCGGCUUAUGGCAUGCUGUAUAGGGGCGACAGGAUAUUAAGCGUGGAUGGACGAGAUUUGACACGAGCGACACAUGAACAGGCCGCUGCUGCUUUAAAGCAGUACUCGGGCAGUGCAGUAUCGAUAGCCGCUCAAUACCAGCCGGAGCAGUAUGAGCGGCUCCGUGCACGCAUCCGGGCGAUCAACGCGGCGGCCGCCAUGUCGCCGCAUGCGCGCCAUUCAACACACGUUCCCGUACAUCCCGAUCUACAUGUUGUAUAUCCAAGGUAACAGUGGACUGGCUGUGAAACUGACCACACUGAGAACUGAAGAGUAGCUAGUGAAUUUCCAAAUGUACUUGUAAAACAAAAAAGUCUAAUAUCAAUUUUAUAAAUGUCACCGUGGGAAGUUAACGAAUUUGAUUGAGAAUUACUUUACAUUUUCGCUGAAUUAGACUUCGAGCUUCGAGUAGGUGUUAUGUAAAUAAUUUGUUUACAUUACGUAUCGAUAUCUGUUAUACAAACAAUUUUUGACAUAUUAAUUACCUAAUUUAGUGUCAUUUGAUUUUUUGGGCUGACAAGUUAAAUUUCGACACUCGGUAUUAUACCUGUUUUAAAGAACAGUGCCAUGAGUUUACAAUGACAGUUUUCGCUAGCGGUCUUGUACAAAUAUUUCGUCAAUUUUUACGGCAAACUGUACAGCACCUCUUUUGUACCAGCUUACUAUUUUGACCCGAAAAAUAGACAUGCUUUUUUGUUCGCCUAUUCGAUAGAGAAAGUCAUCCUGAAACCAAGAGUAGAACUCGCUUGUGUCAACUUUGUAUGUUGAUGAAGAUAUAUUUUUUUAAAUUAUUUUUUAUGGUUUUCAUAGAAACCUAGAAAUAGAUAAUGUCUUUAAACAUACUCAGUUCUUGUUCCAUUAGU